UCAUCAUUCACAACCACCAGCAAACAAACAUACACACGCACAUAGAGAGAGAGCAAAGCGGCAAAAGAUUUUCUUCUGACACGGCAUUCGUCGGGCGUGCUUUUGCCGAAACGGAACUCUUGCUGGUUUAGAGGGAAAAAAACGCGGUUUGCGAUCGUUUUUUUGUUUGUUUCUGUUUUUGCCGGAAAAUUUUACGUGAAAAAUUUAAAUUAUUUAAUUUUUUUAUAUGGAGAUUUAUAUUUAGUUUUUGUGUUUGUAUAUGUCGUAAGAACUUUUUUUUUUGAGGGAAAUUUGGGUCGAAAGAUGAAGCGACACAUUUUGAUUUGUGUGAUUUGGAUGACGUUUGUUGAAGUGACAUGGAGUUACAUGUUGGGAGAUGAAUGCAACGCCGAUUGGGAGUGUAGAGAGCAGAUCAUCGGGUCGGUUUGUUAUAAAGGGAGGUGCGCAUGUCAGCCUUUUUAUGCAAGAGUUAAUCAGAGCACCUGUUUACCUUCAACUCUUUUGGGUUACGAGUGUCAAGUGCCGGAGCAAUGUUCCCUGAAGGUGGCCAACAGUAGCUGUUUGGAUGGCGUAUGUCGUUGUGUCGAUGGCUUUUUGCAAUUUAGGAAACACACUUGUCUUGGACCUGCCAGGCCUGGAAACGUAUGCUACAGCAACGAUCACUGUAGGCUCUGGUCGUCAGACAGCCACUGUGACUUCCUCAUUCCCAAUCUCUUCGGUAGAUGUCAAUGUAAUGCUCCAUUUAAGAAGCUGGGAGACGCUUGCGUUAGAGCGGCAGCACAAAAUAGUAAGCCAGCCACAACAACUGUUUCUGCCCCAGAAACCACCACGUUCCAUGACGAUAUUGAAACUAACGUGAUUGUGACCCCGAAAUUAAGACCGAGUAAUAAAAAAGCGCCUGGAGGAAGUAAGAAGGGGAGCGGUAGGCGACCAAUGGGAAGAAGAACCACUACCACCACCACCACUACAACUACCACAACCCCUGCUCCCUUAAUAAUAUCAGAAAGCCCUAUAACAACGACAAUUAGCUCUACUGCCUUUAUAGAUGAGACCACCAUUACAACGUUAAGCAGUAGAAUUACCACUAUGGAGCCAGAGGCUACACUUGUUACUCUACAGACAACUUCUCUACCUCCCACCACAACUGGCAUCCGCACCAGAGUAGAUAACUUCAAUGAAGCCAUAAGUUUAGGACUACCAUGCGUGACAGAUCUACAGUGUAGAGCUGCAGAUCCUGCAUCUCGAUGCUUGGAAGGUGUAUGUGACUGUAUCAUCCAAAGCAAUAUCACCAGUGCUUGUUCAGCUAGGAAUACUGGAUGUAUUCCAGGGACUUUCCAGUGUCGUAGCACAGGAACAUGUAUAAGCUGGUUCUUUGUCUGCGAUGGUAGAAAAGACUGCUCCGACGGAUCAGACGAGGACUGUCGUUCGAACAAAUGCCCAAACGAGUCCUUCCGGUGCCGAGACUCUGGAAAAUGUAUCUCCAAAGCAAGCAGAUGUGACGGAGUUAAGGAUUGCCACUUAGGUGAAGACGAAGCCGACUGUCAGGCCCUGGGAAAAAAGAAAUGCCCUCCGGAUACCUUUCAAUGUGCAGACGGAAAGUGUCUUCCUGAGUAUGAGUUUUGUAAUGCUAUAGUUGGCUGCAGUGAUGGUAGUGAUGAACCAGCUCAUAUAUGUAGAGGCAGAGCUCGAAGGCGUUUAAGGGGCUACUGCCCCUUGAGAUGUGGAAACGGUAGAUGCAGGUCCAGUGCAAUCGCUUGUUCUGGCAGAGAUGGAUGUGGUGAUGGCACCGAUGAGAGUCAUUGUUCUGUUUGUCGUUGUCCAAUAGUACAAGGCAGAAAUUUGUCGUAGUUCAACUAACGUAAAGUAACUCUCUCGAAUUGUACCAUGCCAAAAAUUAUGUUAAUUUUUUAAGUAAAGGACACUUUAUUACCUCUAAGCUCUUUAUAAACUAGUUUUUAGUGUAAAUGUACGGUACAGUAAUUUAUUAAAUAGUAAACUACCCUCGUAACUCGACUUUAUUGGGGUGCAGUUAAAUGCAAAAUGAGGCUCAACGUUCUUAUAUAGAUGUUUAUUUAUUCUUGUUUGCAUAGACCAUCUUAGACUGUAAUGUAUAUGUAAAAAUAGGCUAAGAUUAGGUAUAUGGUAGCUUAAGUUAGUGUAUAGUAGGUAUGUAAGUACAAAUUUACUUUAAUAUAUCUCGUCCAUCGUA